AUGGGCAUUAAAUCUGGCUGGAAUCUCUUGCGACCUGUUGAAUCUUUGUCCAUGAUUGACUGGUCAGCCCAAGUCAUUUUGACUGGGUCAUUGCAUGCUCUUGGUCCACGCAUUGGCAUUGAUGCCAGGUACAUUGUUCUCCUCACCUAUAUUCUCACCCUCUUCAUCUCUCUUGCUAGCGGGUGGAUCUUUGCUGCCAAAUAUCACUAUGCACAGACCAAAAAUGCUGCACAUGCCUCCCUAUUCAAACGCCUGGGCCGUCUUUUCCACCUGCCUGUUUUCCCACUCUUUGUUUUUGAUGGCCCAGAGCGCCCUAUCAUCAAAUGGAAUAAGAAAAUCAAGAAAGGAGAUAACUGGCUCACACAUGAUUUCAAAAGACUCCUCGAAGGCUUUGGAUUUGCAUACUGGGACGCACCUGGUGAAGCAGAGGCAGAGCUCACCAUGCUCUCUAAAAUUGGCCGUAUCGAUGCAUCUGAAUAUGAAAGCGACUCGCAGUAUAUGAUUCAACUAUAUGAAAAGGGCACUCAAUUCUCCCCCAAUGACCUCGUUAUGAUUGCACUUUUAGCUGGCGGUGAUUAUGAUAAUGGAAUUGAAGGCGGUGGCAUCAAGACUGCGGUUCACAUUACCUCAUCUGGCAUCCGUACACAUCUUUUUGAAAACCUUGAAGGCAUCUUGCCAGACGGAUAUCCCACUAUCAUUGCAGCAUGGCAGCAGGAUUUGUGUACUAUGCUCAGUUCUGAAGAGACUCACAAGAUCCCUCCCUGUGCCCGUUCUUUGAUAUCGCAUAUACCUCCUGACUUUCCAAAAGUCUCAGUGUUGGUACAAUAUCUCUGUCCUGUCAUAUCAGAUUCAAUGUUCCAGAACCUUCCAGCUGCUCCAGCUCUCUCUCAACCUGAUAUUCCCAAGCUCGCUCGGCUCUGUGAAGAGCUCUUUAUCUGGGGAGAUUCUAUGGGUAUUAUUCAGAACUUUUCCAAUCACAUAUUCCCAGGCCUAGCCAUUCGCGAGCUACUUCAUGACUUAUGCCUUCGCCGCAGGCUUAUCCAACCUAUGGACACAUGUCUUACAUCACAUGCUAUAAUCUCUAAGGCAUGUUCAAUUCAUAGAAACCAGCACCAACGAUCUGAGUCUGAGAUCUUUGUCUCCUUGAUCAUUCCCCCUGCAGUUGUCUCCCAGAUUACUUCUGCGAUCACAGGCAGAUAUGAGACUAGCACAACGGGAGAGAAAUUCAGCAAGUGGCAGGAAAAGCAUGAAGUUCGUGUAUGGCUUUCACGUGUCUUGGCUCUUCAUGCAGCUAGUGGUAGUACAGAACUUAAAAGGCCAUUUACAGAGACUAUUAAGACAAGCCGACAGAGUCAGAAACAUGCUCGGUUUUCUGAAGACUUGUUCAUUGAAGUAUCAAGUGAUGAGGAUAUGGAGGACACCACUAUUGCAGUGAACAACGGUACAAUCAUGAUCAACAAUAUCACUACUGCUCGAGGUAUCUGCAAAGUGUUGGAUCAGUCUCAGGCAGAGUAUCUAGCAUCUGAGGAGAUUAUUGACGACAUUGAAGCUGAGCAAGAGACUUGCCCCGACUCGUUUGAUAUCGACAUUGAUGGUGAUGUGCAAAUGGAUGCAGGGCAGAGUGCAUCACAGAAAAUUGAAGAGGUUCUAGCCAAUAUUCGUGCAGUGUCCAAAGGAGUCAAUGAAGGUACUGAUGAAACAUAUAGAAAUGUCAUGAGGACAUUCAAUGAAUUUUGCAUUCAAGAAAAGAUCAUUACGCGUGGAACAGAUAUCUUCACACAAAAGAAUCUUGACCAUAAUAUGGACUACUACAUCAUUGGAUUCAUUAUGAGCAAGUGCAUUACAUCCUUUGAGUAUUCUGUCUUGAAAUCUCAUGAGGAUGCUAGAAGGUCCUUCUCUCUUGCAGAAAAGCUUCAUUCUGGUAUAACGUAUGGUUUUCAAAGAGCAGGUGGUUGGGGAAAAACUCUGUGGGAUAAGGCUACUGCAGCUGGAAAUCCUUCUAUCUCUGAGCUAGUGUCCUCUUAUAUGCUAAGCUUGAGAAGGCGCAAGAUUGCUAAGGGAGACGCACCAACAAGUACAUGA